AUGUCGCAAAUGUUAUCAGUGCCGUUGAGUCGAGUACGUUCGCCGAAAUUGAAACGGCAAACCCCGGUGGAAGAUGAAAUCGAUGGUCAACCACUUCAUCCAACGCGAUCGAUUGUAUCCGAUCAUGAAUCGAACUCAUCACGUUCAUUGUCACCGUAUUGGCGAAUAAUUACAGACCCUGAUUCAUCAUCAAGUUAUUUGGAUGUACCUGACACAACGAAUACCAGUCGCCGGUCGUCGAAUAACAGUGUCGUGCGAUUCAGUUCCCAUGAUACAUCGGAUAUAUGUUCAAUUCUUGAUAUGAGCUGUGAAUCGGAAAAUUUGGAAAAAGCGAUUAUUAAUAAUGAUAAGUAUACCGUUCGUCGAAUUAUUGACAUUCAUCAAACCAAAUUUAAUCUGAUUAAAGAACGUUCGAGUAUGUCACAUACUCAAUCAGGAUUUCAUAUUCAUCCACUACCACCCACACAAGUACAUUCGCAUACGAACACAUCAUUCGGCUCGCCAUCAAUCACCAGUAACACCGAUUUACUCGAAGGAUAUAGUAAACAAGCAUUAUUUAGUAAUGACACUGAUGAGCCGCAAUCACUUGCAUCACCUGAACCUACAACGUCAAUGUUUGAUGCUGCGAGCUGUGUGUUAACGUAUACAACAGGUCCGCUGGCAGCAGCAUUGAUUAAUGCUCAUCAACAUGCGCAUUUAACGUCAAAUCCUUCAUCUUUAAACAUCAAUUCACCGAUACGUGAACGUUGUGAAACUGAGCACGAUUCAAUGUUUACUGCCGCAACAAGUUUCCACAAGGAAAUAAGAUAUCCAACCAGUGAUUCGCCCAAUGAUGCACCACCUAUCUUUCGCAACGUUUUACACCUCGCAAUUAUGUAUGAUUCUCGAGAUGUCAUGCGCAUUUGUUUGAAAUAUGGUAUUGACCCAAAUGCAUCUGGUGUUCAUCCGAAUUCGACUCAGAUUCUACCAGAUACCCAAUUAUCUCCAUCGAACGCAUUAUCUCAAAUAGCUGCUCGUCUAUCACCCGACUUACCAAGUGCAUCGUCUUGUCGGAACGGUACUCUCGAUUAUACCGGUUACUACACAGCUGAACGUUUAUACACCCUCCCACCGUUAUUCUUGGCUGCUCAACGUAACAAUCACUAUGCGUGUAUACUUUUACUUCGAUAUGGUGCCAAUGUUAAUGUUCGUGAUGAGCUUCUCUGUAGUCCUUUACAUCUGGCUGCCCGUUUACAACACAAUGUAUGUGAUAUUCUUAUAUCUCACCAUGCAUCGAUAACAAUCGCGAACAAAUACGGCGACACACCGUUGUCCUUAUGGCCGAGUGUCAAACAUUUACAAACGAAUUUCGUCGAGCGUGAAUUUCGGAAAUUAUGCCGGAAACAUUCAGCGAAUUCGAAACGAUAUCGGUUCUUAGCUCGAGAUACUGAACAUUAUCAGACCACUACAUCUUUGCUUAACUAUAAUAACACAUCGAUCAACAGUGGUUUUAUUCCCGGAAAUGGUUUACGGAAUUUGAGACGAGUUUUUCGCUACAGUGGAAGUGAUUCGUACGAUUCGAAAUCGUUCAAAAAAAGUUUUUCUUCUCAAAGUUCAAUGGGCAAGUCUCGACGAAUCUUCGGAACCAACGCGCAAAACAGCAUCCAAGGCGCUUCGGGUCUACCAAGCGAAUCGCGACAAAUCUCGGAAGAUCGCGACGAUGUGGAAAAUUCACACACAGGAAGAUUAUCCCAUACAAAACGAAAAGCCGGCACUGCAUCCUUAGCUGCCAGUAUAUUACAUGCUCAUAAAACCUCUCGACAACAGCAACAAUCGACUGUGCCAGCAGCUCAAACAUCAACCGAAAACAACGCACUCAAUGAUCGUCUCAACAAACGAUUUUGUGAACUGAGUCGAUUGGCGACAAAUAUCGAAUGUAUCGAUCAAUUGAUGGAUUUAUUGCGAGUACAGAAUUCCAUGGACGAAAUUUUAACAUUGAUCAGUCAAGUUUCCUCGUCGCAAGUCCAUGCUAGAGUUGCCGAGUUGCUCCAAACGUUACUUAAUACAUCUUAUCAAGAAUUUCUGCGAAAUCACGACAAACGUGAACACAUAGAGAACUUUCAAACGCAUACAAAGAAGCUGAUUGAUAUUUCCUUGGAAUUACUUUCGAGCGAUACGGCGAAUAUGCAAUAUUUAGCAUUGUUGACAAUCAACCGUUUGUAUGACAUCUAUGUUUAUCAUAAUUUGAUUAAUCCGGGGAGAUACAAUGCUUGUUAUAUUCCCACAUCACGUCGACAAUUAAAUCAACAUUUAAUCAAUCAGUCUGAUGAGCCAAACACGAAAACGGUUAAUAAUCGUUCGAGAAAGUCAUCCACAUUAUCAACUAUUCUACGACGAAUCUCACGUGAAAACGAAGAAAAACGAACGUCUACUGUUGGCACUGGACCGACAAGUUCCAAAUCGACAUUUAAUUCAACGCAAAGUACGACGACAGUAGGAUUACACAAUGCCACAUCGAAUGACACGCCAUCUCAACCGCCGAAACGAUGGAUUUCAUCGACAAGUCAUGAGAAUAUCCUCGCUUCAUCGUCAACAUCAACAUUAGUACAAUCUGCAAAGGGAUCAACACCAGACCUCUCGAAAACUUCCCACAUGUUGAAUUCCGACACGAUCACGCCUCUUUCAAUCGAUCAUUCCAAUACAAUCUAUACAUUUGAACCAUUUUCACUUCUCUAUCAAAUCGAACCCAUACAUUUAUUACGUCUGAUGCGAACACGUUUAGACGCACAUCGAAUAGAAUUCAAUAAUCGACCGAAAUGCGUUCCAUCAACACGUGCGCCGAUUUGUACUCAUCAUUGCGUUGUCAUUUUAGCGGCUAGAUUGCUUGCCAUCCUCUGUCAAGAUCAUACAUUUCAAGGAAGAUUGAUUGGUACAAAAGAGAAUCUCGUUAUCAUAAUCGACAUGUUGAAUAUCAACAACGAUCCGCAUCUGAUUUGUCUGAUUUUACAAACAUUGGGUGUAAUUGCAUUGAAUCCUGAUUCUCAUGAGAUUCUGACACAAGCUGAUAUACCUGAUACGGUUUUACAUCUGAUUUUACCUGCAGAUGAGAUGUUUUAUACGAAUCAAACUACCAAAUUCGCACGUUAUGUGAAACAUCUCGGCGCGCGAAUACUGGUUUACAUGGGCUUGUUAACAAAAGUCAGCAAUAAAGUUAAUCUAUUUGAUAUCCUUGAUGUUGAACCUGAACCACUCGAUUGCGAUAAACCACAGUCGUUUGAAAACAACUUCGUUCAUCACAUGGCUAUUGGUGAAACGAUCGUCGGAACUUUAUGGGCAUCGUUUGCUGGUAUCUGCAUCGAAAAAUUAUUAGAUGAGUUACUCAAAAAUGGGAUUAACCAAAAACGAUCGACUUCAAAAGAAUCUCAAGAUGUUUUACAAGUUCCGACAAGUCCAACGUCAUCCGCUGGUGUUAUUAACUCCAGUGAUAAUCUUCUCUAUAAUCUUUCGUAUUUAUCAUCUGUGAUACAUCCUGUUAUCAUUCUUCGUCUACUCGAACAUCGUAUUUUUACUCCACUGUUCAAGAAGAAGUCCGUGAUAACGAAUCCUCCAGUUCUCACACAGGAUCAAAAACCUCUGAGCAACAAUCUCGCCUCAACUAACAUUACUACAUCGGUACUUGCAUCAAUUCCGACAUUACCACGACCGGAAACACUUUUUCAACAAAUUAAGUGCUCACAAUCGAGUUUAGAGAAAGCUCGAAACGGUCUUCGAGUGACACCAAGUACAUCAAUAUCCGUUGCAUCAGCGUCAAGUUCUCAAUCAGUACCGGCGAGUGAAUUUCCAUCGAGUGUAAUGAACGCCUUAGAACAUUCUGCGCGUUUGGCAACACCGCCCACAAUUUCGAGUAAUAAUUCGAAUUCAUCAUCUUCUACAAUAACAACAACAUCGACGCGAAAAUGGUUUUGGAGAAACACAGAAAAGAAUACACAGACUAAUAAUACAAGUGAUCGAAAUCCGUUAUUGCAGGCAAUUGUUGAAAGUGAUCCAACUCUAUCAGGUAGUUCGGUACCAUCGCCGCCAACAACAGCUGUAGCCUGUGUCGGAGAAAUCAAGUUAUUUGAGAAAGAAUUACUAAAUUUACCAACCUUUCAAUUAAGUGAUUCGCAGAAUCCACUCUUACCGAGUCCGACGUCUCUCAAUGACUUUUCUGCACAUUUCGAUCCAGGAAGUUCAACGAUAAAUGUCAUCGUCAAUCACGAGUAUACACAUAGUUUAUCGAAUGGUUUAAAUAAAUUCAAACUUCAUAAUGAUAACCUCGCAUCAUCCGUCACAGACAACAUUGGUGGUGCUCGUUGUCUUUCGACCAGUUAUCAAAUUCCAUUCGUUGCUGUUCGCACUCCCUCUGAUGAGAGUGAAUAUUCAUCGAAUGAUCAUCCGAUUCUAGUGCAGCGUAAUUCAUCUCCAGAUUCUUCAUAUCUGCCAACAUCGUCCGAUAAUCGUUCAUCUGUUCGUAAAACAGUCGAGAAGUUCUUUCGUCCAUCGAAAACCGUCGAUAACAUGUCAGCCGUACUAACAAACAAAAACAAUCUUCUCGCAAAUAUUACCAAAUACAACCGACGCUUCUUAAAACUCAAAACUUCGUCCCAUUUGUCACACUCUCAGCCAUUGGUAACAGUAAAUGUUCAUUCCGAGUCACCACUGAUCAAUCAUACUGGACAAACACCACUAAUUCAACGUCGAAAUGAUUCAUCACUAGUCGUUAAUGAGCCUAUGCAAUCACCAGUAUUAAAUCGUCAAGAUCUCAAUUUACCACUCGGUUCCGAUGGUUUACAUCGCAGUCGGUCAUGUGUUGAAGGAAUCAUCAAUCCUACGAAUGGCCAAGAAAUCGGUGGAACCAAUCCAGCUUUAACUCUAUCAGCUGGUUGGUUACAAGCAAAUCAUAGUGAUACGGCAUCAUUGCGUUCGUCGGAUAGUACUGUUUCGUCACUUUCGGCAUAUCUCUCCACUCAACAACAAUCAUCGACACAGCAACUAAAUGGCAUGAUAGACAAAGGCUUGAAUAAAUCUCAAGAAUCCAUACUUAGUUUUUCAUCACCGAAACAAAAACAACGUUCGAUUAAAUCGUUGAUUAUGGCUGCAGCGACGAAAGACAAAGCAACAAAACAAGAUAAUGAUGUGUUGGUUUUAAUCGCUAGUUGGGUAUUGAGGUCACCGGAAGAUUUUCAAGAUUAUCUUGUGCAAAAAGAACUAAAAAGCUUUUUUACUUUACUCGAAUCCUUGCGCAGUUCAUUUCGAGUUUGGACAAGUCAAAUCAAGGAAAUUCUCGCUCUUCAAGACACAGACGUUUCGAAUGAAUCAGAAAUGGACGAUGUCGUUCUGGAGGAUAUUUGUCGCGAAUAUGUGAAAAUCCAACGAGAUAUCGUUUCAGGGCGAUUAAUUUGUUCGAAAGAAGAAGCAGCUGCACUUGCAGCUCUACAGCUACGUCUCGAAGUAUGGCCUGAGGAAAAUUUCGAUCUUGUCGAAGAAGAUGAAUUGCACACGUUAAGUCUUGUACUAAAUAAUUCCACAUCGCAUACUGGUUCGCGGAAUAAUUCGCAGACGAUUAAACCAUCGUGGCGCCAUCGGCAUCGACAUCGUAUGGGAAAGUUUCGUUUUGUUGAUGUAUCUUGUUGUAAAGACGCCGAUUCCAACACGCAUAAAUCGAAAAAACCAUUUCUCCCAUCAAACUACCGUCAUAGUAAUGAAAUUGUUAAACUAAUCAAAGAUAAACAACGCAAAUUGUUUCAUAUCAAUGAUUAUGACAACCCGACACGAUUGAAAGAAUGUUAUGUUCGUUUAUGUCGAAAUUUGCCGAGUUACGGCGCUGAGAUUUACAUCGUCAAAGAAAUCCAAGGCAAACGAGCACAACGAAAAGGAAAUCGUCUUCUUUGUAUUCGUCCCGACAAAAUCUGUUUGCUAAAUAUGAAAACACGUAUUAUUUACAAAGAACAACGCAUGGCCGAUCUUGUCCAUUGGAUUACAAGUGGCCAUCAUUUGAGUGCGGGAAUCAACGAACUUGUUUUAGAGUUUCAUAACAAAACAAAAUGGCGUUUGCAAUUGAACAACACCUCUGAUUUACGUGCUAUUACGGUUUACCUUUGGAAAAUCGUCAAUGUUGAAGGAUUCGCUUUGUUUGAUAAACAAUUGCCGUUGAGCUCAUCAUUGCGACGAACAUCUCAUCCGCAUCAGUCGGCAAGACGAAUGACGCUUUUACCAACAUCAUUAGCGACGAACUCGAACAAAAAUCCAUAUCAAACGAUAACUGAUCUGUAUAAGAAUUUCUCUGAAGAUCAACCCACCAAUCGGAAGUCGCCACCUUGUCAUAUACAGAAUCUAACGCGUUUAAUGCAGAGUACUCGAACAACUGUACCAACAAAUUUAGUAAUGAAUCCAACAUAUCUUCAGCCAACAGAUCAUACUCAACCAUUUUGUUUCUCAGCGGAUCUCGAAGAACUGAAAUAUCUUUUCGAUUUUCCGGAAGAAGUGGCCAUACGUCUAACAGAAAUCGAACAUGAAAUCUUUCUCAGUGUGCCACCAUUGCAAUAUUUACGACAUUUAACAUUAGAUAUGCCUAUAGUAACAGCAAAUGACAUGGCGACACACGGAAAAAGCAUUCGUAUACUCGUUCAACGUUUUCAAGCGGUUGGCUCGUUUAUUCAGCAAUUGAUCGUUUCACAAACGAAUUUCCAAGAACGAAAAGCCAUUGUCGCAUCGAUACUUCGCUGUGCAAUCACUUGUUGGUAUAUGGGCAAUUUUAAUAGUGCGAUGCAAAUCUUAGCUGGAUUAAAAAUUGAAGCAUUUCGUCCAUUGUGGUUAACGAUAACUGACGAGAUUCCUGGUUUCAAAUUUCUUACUGAUGCGUUUAAUUCCAAUGAGAAAACUCCGCAGUACUGUGACGCUGUUAGUCGAGCAUUGGAUAUUCCAACGUGUAAAGUUGUACCAUUUUUCGGCACAUUUAUCAAAGAUCUUCGAACAAUAUUGAGCGGCGUACCAAGCAUCGUUGUACUUUGUAAUCGAAAUACACAAAAGCCGCUUGAGACUGUUGCCGAAGUGCAGAAUCAAGAGCAUUUUUUGACACGUAUCGGUGUGGGUGGUUUGAUCAAUACUCGCAAAAUCGAACUUGUCCAUAUGGUUCUAAAAGAUAUCGCUAUGUUUCAUAACCGUCAUCGUCGCUUACCUCUAUUCAAAUGUUGUAAUGACCUCAAUCGAAUGAAGCUACCUCGACAAUCUCUUGUACCAGAAAUGAAAGAAAAACAUUCAGCAACCGUUUCUGUUCCAUAUGGAGACACUUUAACCGAUCAAAUACCAAAACCACGAUCGACUCGGAAUCGAUCGUUUCCAAAUACAUCCACUACCGGCGACGAGAUCGACCCAUGUCGCAUGACAAACAUAGCGAUAAAUAUCAUUGGCGAUAACGAUGUGAAGAAUUCCAACGAGGAAACUUUAUCAUCCGCUAACGCAGUUCUACCUUACCGUUCAUUGUUAGAUUUCAAUGAACCCGAGACAUUCUAUUGUUUAAAUGUAUCAUUUUAUCAACCAAUCGCUCAAUCGAAACAUAAUCACGAAGUCUCUCUGUUGUCAAUGCAUCAUAUCAUUGAUUUUAACAAUUUGCAAUUACUUCGAAAUGGUACGACGAUGAUAUUCUACGAUGAAGACACCAUGCAUUCAUGUUUGGUUACCGUUCGCCUUGAAUUAGAUAAUUGCACACUAACUUGGACUAAACCUUCUUGGGACACUCAUCGAAGUAUUGAGAACGUCAACAUGACAAGUCAAGUAUCGAACGAUACCGCACACUAUUCUAUCUUGAUGAAGCGUUAUAUCCUACGAGAUGUGGCAUUUGUUGAUAUGGACGAAGGAUUUGUUCAACUAAAAUAUGUUAAACACAUUCGUAGUGGUAUUUUACAUUGUGAUUUACUUCCGAUUAUCAAACGGUACAAGUUAAACGAUAUUACCAAUCCGGAGAAUUGCUUUACGAUCAUCUACGGAGCAUCUGUUAGCGAAAACAAAAGUCUUUGUUUUAUCAGUCCGAAAUAUUGUUCACAAAUUUGGUAUUCAAGUAUCGAUAAAUUGAUUGUACAAUAUCGCAAGCAUCGCCUAUGUUCGGAUCGACGAAUCAAUUGGCUGAAAAAUCAGUAUCUCUCAUUGUAUCAUGAAAAUGAACGAUUUGAAGGGCCGACACCAAUGACUGCGAUACUGAUCUUCGGAGGAAGACAGUGGAAUUCAAGUUCGCUGUUUCCAUAUGAACGUGAACAUGUUUCCUCGAAGAAGUCAGGCAGCGUGAUCAAAUCAUGGUCGAAUUUAGGGCUCAGACGACGAAACAAAUUCGAACAAGAUCGAAAGGCCAGUGUUUCGACGGAAUCCGAACCUGGACAUACAUCAAAAUGGCAACCGCUGAACUAUCCAACAGUUAUACCACAUAAAUCUCGAACGCUUGGUCAUCGAGCGAAAUCCAUUUCGUCAACUUCAUCAUCUCACACAUCAAACAACUCUCGUGCAUUGAAUCAACACCAAAACCAUGCGAAACAACGUUCAGUUUUUACGACUCAGUUAACACUGAAUCCUUCGAUUAGUUUUUCCUCGAACAAACGUCACCGGACGCAAGUGAUCAAUUCCAAUGCUCAAGUUCAAGAUUCAUCAUCACCAUGGAUAAUCAAUGAAAGCCAUAUGGACUUUCCUGAAUUCGUGGAAUUGUUCAAAUCGUUCUAUUUUCAUUGCCGACGAGAUUUAAAAGACCUUUUCGAUAAAUUCGCAUGUGAGAUCAACCUUGAACAAGAAUAUGCAAUGAAAGAACAAUACAAAAAUGACGUGCUGGAUACACCGAGACAUUUAACUGGUUUGAUCACACGAAAUAUCAUCGACGAUGUCACUGACGCUAGUAUUCAUCGAAUUUAUGAUAUGAUCGCUAUAUCAUCCAUUCCAUGCUAUGCGAUUAGCACGCACAAUCGAGGAAAUGUUCUCAUCACCAGAGAUCAAUUUAAUGAUUUUCUCGUUGAACAUCAAAAAGAGAGCAAAACUUCGUAUGAAAUCGAACAAAUUAUCUACCGACAUGAACCACAUCGACAAAAUCGUUUGAAUAAAGUUCUUUCACUCGAAGGUUUCUCGCGAUAUUUAUUAGACAAAGAAAACUAUGCUUUUGUAAAUGAGCACACCAAAGUCAAUGAACAGGAUAUGGAUAAUCCUUUAUCACAUUAUUUUAUUGCUUCUUCACAUAAUACGUAUCUAACCGGUCAUCAGUUACGCGGUGAAUCAUCUGUUGAAAUGUAUCGUGAAAUACUUCUAUCUGGAUGUCGUUGUGUAGAACUUGACUGUUGGGAUGGUGAUGAUGGUUAUCCAGUAAUUUACCAUGGUCGAACAUUCGUUAGUAAGAUUUCCUUCAAACUUGUUGUUGAAGUAAUCAAUGAAAGUGCAUUUAUCACCUCACCAUAUCCGGUGAUACUAUCGAUUGAAAAUCGUUGUUCGUUGAUUCAACAAGCACGUAUGGCUCAAACAUUCGUUAAAGUUUUCGGUGACAAAUUGAUCACGAAAUACAUGUUCGAUACGGACUUUUACGAAGACCCGGCAUUACCCUCGCCAAAUCAACUGAAAUAUAAAAUCUUGAUUAAGAACAAAAAAAUCAACAAAAUGCAUUCGGCAACGCAAUUGAGUCGACAGAAAGUUCAGUUGAGUGUGAAUUAUCGCAAUUCGGUGUAUUCGUCGCCGGAUGACAACGAUGAAGAUGAUGAAUCGGAUGAUGAUGAAAUGUUAGAUGAUUAUAAUUAUGAUCCAUAUACAAGAAGAGAGUCGCAACGAUCGAAUUCUGUUACCGAUUCACCAAUCUACCAGCCGAAAAAGACGAUUGUGACAACGGGGCCUGACCAAGACGAUGGUGAUGAUUUACGAUCCUAUCGAAAUCGUCGAUAUAGCAUCAUGAAUAACGAACCCCGACAACGGUUGAAGAGUAGCAGUUCGAUCGAUGCGAAUCAUGUCGUCAAAAUCAACAAAUUAUCAAAUGUUCCAGCGAAAAUACCGCCUAUGCUAGUCGCGAAAGAGUUAUCCGAUAUCGUUAUCUAUACUCAAGCAAUUAAAUUUCGAGGUUUAACGUGUUCAUCAACAACAGCUAGUUUUGUCAGUGGUAAACCUGUUCGUAAAGCGCCGAAACGAACAAUUCAACAACUAGUCGCUCAACCUAGUACGACAAGUGAGUUUCAAAGUUCGGAAAGCUCGCGAUCGAUCGAUCAAGUUUCGCCAUGUCAUCAGAUAGUAUCAUUGAUUGAAAAUAAAGCAAAGAAAUUGUGUAAAAAUCAAGGCGGUGAUAUGAUUAUACAUACGGAAACUCAACUUGUCCGAUGUUAUCCAAGUGGAUUUCGUGUCGAUUCAUCGAAUUUCAAUCCGUUGCAUCUAUGGAUAUAUGGCAUUCAACUUGUGGCAACGAAUUAUCAAACACUUGAUUCUGGUCAACUCUUGAAUUUAUCCAUGUUCGAACAAAAUGGCAACUGUGGUUAUGUUUUAAAGCCAAGUAUCUUUUGGGAUAAAGAACAUCCUCAAUAUUGUCGAUUCAAUCCGUCCGUCAUUGAACGUGAAGGUUCUUGUACCGAACUAACGAUCACUGUCGUAUCUGGUCAAUAUUUAACUCAAAAUAUCAGUUCGACUUCGAGUGUUUAUAUCGAAGUUGAACUUCUCGGUAUCCCGAUUGAUUGCAUGUCGAGAAAAACGAAACCAUCCGUUAAAAAUUCUCUCAAUCCGAUUUGGCAAGAAACGUUUGUCUUUCAAGUAGAAAAUCUUUCACAACCAAAUCGUGUUCCUGACAAUGCAAUCUCUCUUUUUCAGGUAUUCUUUAUCGAUCUAGCCUUCAUACGAUUUCACAUCUACGAUGCUGGAAGUAAUCAUUUGAUGUCUCAACGUGUUAUGCCUCUGAAAUGUCUUCGGCCGGGUUAUCGACAUGUUCGUUUGAGAGAUGUGAUGAAUGUUCCACUAGAAUUAGCGACAUUGUUUAUUUACUCGAAAACAACGGAGAAUAUUCUCAUUAGAAAUCCUGACCAAGACUUGUCGACGUCCAACACGCCACAUCUGUUUCGAAAUCGAAUAUUCGGACGAGCCGCCGAUCCAUCUGAUGCUCUUGGUGCUAAUCGCGAUUCACUACGGCCGAAGCACAAAACAUUCGAAGUUAAAGUCUAUGGCAAGGAAGGUCGUGAUGAAGAUUUCCGAAUAUUCGCUGUUACACAGUACACAACUGUCGAAGAAUUGAUCGAGAUGAUUGCCAAGACAAAUGACUUUCUUCAAGUUGGUGAAACUAUCAACGAUAUAAUUCUCACUGAAUCAUCGAAAACAUGGAAAAAGAAGUCAUCAUCAUCGAAACACACCGAUAUUCCCCCACGAGUUCUCGAGAAACACGAACGAGUCCUUGUUGUAAUGGAUCGCGUUGGUCGAGAAACAGUCAUUCUUUGUAAAAGAAAAGCUCAAACGCCUCAACAUCUCAUCAUGUCCACAUUAAACGACAAAACUCUCCAGCAUUGGGAAAAUUGUGACCGAACAUUUCUUGUGACAAUUUAUAACAUCUCAUCCAUACAAAAACAUACAACAUUUCGAACUCCUAUUAAUUCAACAGCGAUUCAUGUGAUCACACAACUAAUGAAGAAAAUUCGUAUGAAUGGUCUCCCGAAUGAUUAUGGACUUGUAGAAGAAAUCGAUUUCAAUGAUACUAAUCGUCGCGUACCGAUCAAACGUCGUUUACUCGCAGACGAUGAGAAAAUCUAUGGAAUUCAACGUCUCUGGACAUCGACAAAUUCGAAAUUCGUUUUAGUGAAAAAAUCGGAAUACCCGGAAACGAAUAACAGCAAAGCAUUCUCUGACAAAUUUCUAUUUCUGUCCCUAACAGGUCAAAAAUCACUAGAACGAGAUGCUCAUGACGAAAAUCCACCGAAAUCUCGUAUAAAUACAAUUGUUAAUCUCACCGGCUCAACUAUUCGAACAACAAUGACUCCACCAUCAUCCAAACCUCCAUCAUCCAAACGUUCGCUAAAAACUCUUUUUACAAGGAAUAACUCAUAA